CAAGAUCUAAAGUCUCUACACCUGUUGAUAACUUGGAGGCCACUUUUGACUAACUAUAAAAUAGGCAAAGUAACUGAGGGUUUCAGUGUGAAACAGAAAGACAGGCUGGUACAAUAACUGAAACUAAAAGUGCACCAAUUUAAAGCCAGUAUUGGGAAAGACUCGAGGGUAUACAGAUGGAAUUAAUGAUGAAGAUGGGUGAUGUAAAUCACCAUAGAAUCAAAACCAAUGGAAUAUGGAUGCAUGUAGCAGAGAAAAAAGGCCAAGGACCGUUCGUGCUUCUCCUACAUGGCUUCCCUGAAACAUGGUUUUCAUGGCGUCAUCAGAUCGCUCACUUAGCUAGCCAUGGUUACCAUGUGAUUGCACCUGACCUCCGAGGCUGUGGUGACUCUGACUGCCCACUCUCCCCUUCUUCCUACACUAUGUUCCAGAUAGUAGGCGAUCUCAUUGGCAUUCUUGAUCACUUCAAUCAACAGGAGGUCCUAUCUAACACUAUUUUUUUCUCUCCAACCUUACAUGUGUUUGUGGUGGGACAUGAUUGGGGGGCAACAGCUGCUUGGCAUCUUAGUCUUUUCAGACCAGAAAGAGUCAAAGGAAUGGUUGCUAUCUCUGUUCCAUUCUUUCCUAGAAACCCAGACGUUAAGCCUAGUGAUUUCUGCAAAUCAUUUGGAGAUGAUUUUUAUAUGUGCCAGUUCCAGGAAGCAGGAAGAGCAGAGAGAGCUUUUGCAAAAUACGAUUCGCUGACAGUUAUCAAGAAGUUUUUGUCGCUCAAUAAGACCGAUAUACUGAUAGCACCUCCCGGAAUGGAGAUUAUUGAUUACCUUGAAACACCUUCACAUUUACCAUCGUGGAUUACUGAAGAGGAGCUCCAAGUAUAUGCAGACAAGUUUCAAGAGUCUGGAUUCACUGGGGGACUAAACUAUUAUCGUGCUGUGGACCAGUCCUGGGAGCUGGAAGCGCCAUGGCAAGGGUCAAAGAUAACAGUACCAUCAAAGCUAAUUGUUGGAGAUAAAGAUACUGGAUUUGAAAGUUUUACGAAGGUUUACAUUGAUGGAGAUAUUCAGAAAGCAUUGGUACCUGAUAUCGAAGUUGUCAUACUUGACGGCCACCAUUUUAUUCAUCAAGAGAAAUCUCAAGAAGUUUCUGAUCAAAUCUUGUCUUUCUUUCAAAAACUAGCUUAAUUAGGCUCUAAAGUUGUGUCUUUUAUGUAUUCUUGUGAUAUCAUACAUAUAACAUUUCUCAACGUUUCCAUUUACAAUUUUCACAAAUAAAACACUAUCCUUUGAAGCAAA